AUGAACCAAAUCCAGGUUGAUCGUGUUUCUGUUACACUUGAACUUGCUAUCAAGUUGUACAAAGCUGCAAUCAACGAUAUCUCGGUCAAGGCCGACGACGUUGCGGCCUUUUUUGGGUGUUAUACGCGCAUCCGGCCUGAGCCCAGCGGACAACUUAAGGCUCUUGGUGGAUUUCUGGCCCAAGAGGAAUCAGACAAAUCCAACGAAAACUUCCUCCUGCGCCUGACAGAAGCGAUCUGGGCUUACAGUAACGUCAAUCCGCCGCAAAGCGCCCGUCUCUAUCGGAGUCUUGUCCAUGAUGUUAUCUACCAGUAUUGUGCUAAAACGACGGCUGGAAAAAUAUCACUCAGCGAGAGUUGCAUUAAAAUGACCGAACGGGCAAAUCGGGAACUCAUCGUGAGCGCAACUGUGGAUAGUGAUUCUAGGAAGAGUAUUAUGACCUCAGCUGCUGAGGUCCAGGCCUCUGUUGGGAAGCAUGGCGACGAUGAGUUGAGUGAGAACACCUGGCUUCUGGAGACACUUGAGACGAAGGGUUUGAGUAAAUGA